UCUCAUUCUGCGCACCACUCAAAGAGUGACCUGAUCCCUGUCACAUCCGAAGUCACUCUUCCCAAACCAGCAUCUCCAGCCUGAGUGCCCCUCUGUCAUCCACCCACUGCAGUGCACCACGGGUGUCAAACGAGAUUCAACUGUCUGGGUGCUGCGACUGGGGACGAUGCGAUCACCCCCGGCUGCUGACAGCUAUGCCAAGUGGUCGCCGAUAGCUUUUGGGACUUCAGGUUCACCAUGAGAACCAUUGCUACCUACCUAACCGAUGCUUCGUCAUGCCGCUUGAAGUUUGCCGACGGCGGCUACUACUGUUACCUUGGGAAAGUGGUCAGAAAAGAGUCUCGAUAUGAAUAGCACAAUGGAAUAUUGGGAGUGCCAAUAGGAAGAUGGUGGACUAUUGCUGCAUAGCCAGGCAAUGCAUGCUGCAGAUUGCAGGCCAUCUACAGAGACAGUGGCUUUGGCAUCUUAUCCCCGCUGUGGAAAGAGUGUGUUCGUACUGCAUAUUGUUCUACGCCCCUACGAGCGAUAUUCGACCAGACACGAGUCACCUCGAUCGACUCGUACGUUGGCAGCCCAGAGAACUUUUCCGGCAUGUUCCUCUAGACAACUGCUGAACUAUCAUACCGCCCUUGCACCGCGGACUUGCUGUUGAGAGAACCGGAACUGUUGUGACUAACGCCGCAACUGGCGCCUUGACUGGCUUGUCUUUGUCCCUCAGGCUCAGACUCAGGCCUCCCCGAAAGCUAGUUUCACUAGCACAUGCAUUAGCUGUCACAUCGACACUUUCUCCUACUGGGCGGGGUAUUUGACGAUACAGCCACCACCACUACACCCCGAAGAAACGCUACGUUGACCCGUCCCCCUGCUUCCCUGGCACCAGUGACCAGUUGCAUCUCAUACUGGAGCCCCUGCUCGUAUCAUUGCACAGACCCUGGUGAGCCAAAAAGUAUAGGGCUGUGGUGGGCUCCUCCUUUGGCACUGAGCGACAGGGCAGGCUCCAUUCGUCAUCCAGCCUGAGAUCAACUUUCAGGUUCGGGACACCACUUGCACGUAAGCAAGUCUAUCCAAACAUCGACUACGGCAUUGUGUCAUCAAAGACCAUCAACAUCAUCCGCUACCAAGAGCCUUCUGUUAUAAGACUCCCAACGGCCUGCCGCCCGUCCCUUCGGCUUCCUCCCCCUUCCGCCGCCGGUACCGUUACCCCUUCCAGUAUUGAUCGACAUAUCUUCAGCAAGCCUCCCGGAUAUCUCUUUGUUUCCAAUACGCCUCAUCUUCCCCUUGUAUGGCUCUAGGCCCUGAGCCUUCCCAUUGACAAACUUGACGCGGUCGCAACAGACCUAGAACACGCACCUCGUCACAGCUGACCCGUUCCACGCAAGGCCAGGAAAGUUGUUGACACUGCGCAUUUUCAGCCUGACCAUCCACUCCCAUUGUUGAAACAACAGCCGGAGCAGACAUAUUACUCGACAUAUUCAGCGUCGUCCUUGAUUCCGUCUCAAGUCCUCGCAUUGCUUCCAUCUUAUGCUUUGCCCUUGACUUGAGCCGUACACCCCACUGCUCACGAUGCUUGCUUUUGAGCAUUCGAAUCGUCAACGAUUUGCGGAAUCGGUGUAUGACAGCGAGAACGGCAUCCGUUCGCAAGCGCCUUUUUCUCGUUCAACAAUGGAGGCUUACAACGUGAUCGACCCCCUACUCAACUUUCACCCUCUUCCAUACCCAUUCUUCGAGAACUCGACCCUGUUCCCUAGCGCACCAAUGCAAACGACAAAGGACGACAUGUUCCAGAUUCGUGAAUUACCCCCAUCUCUGGUCUCAUCAGACUCGAUUCCAUCAAUCGCCAGUGCCUCAUCCUCCACCAUGGGGUCUCCUUACUCAGAGCCUUUGCACACCUUCUCUUCUCAGGAUGGAUACGACCAUGGCUCAUCAUACGGGCUUGGGGCCAUGCCAUGCAUUGUCCAUCAAGAAAGCUUCCAGCAGGAUUUGCUGGGAGAAUCAAUGGAGGCCGAGCUGUCUCUGGGGAGCGAUCGAAACCUCGACGACAAGGUGUCGGUGGACAGCAGCUUUGUGGGUAAGUCUGCGCCUCUGUGUCUUCUUUGUCCAGCGCCUGCGUCAGCGACUAUUAUUGCACAAUCCACUCCCAAUCCCGAUCUGGACGACUGCCUCCACUUGGGCGCUCCCGUCGUGCCAGUCAGAAUGCGACGUGGACACCUUUAGCCGAGGGUUUGCCCAUCCCUGCCCGUUCCGAACCCGGGUGACCCACUGUACCCAGUUAUCACGUCCCCUCCGGCUCUCCGGGUCUGUCCUCCCACUGCCCACUGGCCCAGCACCCCUCUGCCACUAUUGACCACAAUAAUAUGCACCCUGCCACCAGGCCUGAAAUCACCCACAACACCUUGCAAGCACGUUCAAGAUAUUUUUUUCCCUAUCGCUUCUCCGUCAAUGCAUCCAUUGAACCCCCUUCCCCCAACUGCAACCACAUGGUGUCCAUUGGACCCGGUGAUACUCCAGGUCAAGCACCUGUCACUCCCUUUCAACCGCAUUUCUUUGCCCGAAAUAGCGAUGAUUUCGUCCCAUCGGUUGCAUCAUCCUACCCUGCUUUGAUCCAAACUUCGCGAUCCUAUGCGGAUCCAUUGUUCCGUCCGCAAGGACUCUAUCCAUCUGGCAUGCAAGGGUUCUCCAACAUAUCGCCGUCAGGUUCCCCAGCUCCCUCGCCGCAGGCUUAUGGAUUUUAUCGCACCAACCAGUUCGCCGACUCUUUCCCUGACAACAACAACUACUACCCACAACCCGGCUUCCUGAACCGAAGGCCGUCCCUUGUAUCUUAUGACUCCAACCUAUCGCACUCCAGCCCCUCGUCCGAACCCGAUGGCGAGGGUCGAGAGAAAGGACGUUGCCCACAUCCUGACUGCGGCAAAGUUUUCAAGGAUUUGAAAGCACAUAUGCUUACUCAUCAGGCUGAACGGCCCGAGAAAUGUCCCAUCGUGACAUGUGAGUACAACCAAAAGGGCUUCGCUCGAAAGUAUGACAAGAACCGACAUACCUUGACCCAUUACAAGGGUACCAUGGUAUGCGGAUUUUGUCCUGGGUCUGGCACUCCCGCCGAGAAGAGCUUCAACCGCGCCGACGUUUUCAAGCGACAUUUGACUUCAGUGCACGGUGUCGAGCAGACAGCCCCGAACAGCCGGAAACGUAGUCCCACCUCCAGCACUCGAAAAUUGGCCAGCUACUGCCCGGAUGCCACCGGCAAAUGCUCGACUUGUUCAGCCACCUUCAACAACGCGCAAGACUUUUAUGAGCAUCUUGAUGACUGUGUCUUGCGCGUGGUGCAGCAGGAGGAACCUAGUGAAGCCAUCAACGCACAGCAUUUGGGUAAUGUCGAUGGUGACGCAGAUGUGCAGGAGACUUUGGAUCGCCACAUGUUGAAAGCGGAGGAUGUCUCGACCUCUUUUGAGGAUGAGGAGGACGACGAGGAUGAUGAAGACGACGACGACAACGAUGAGGAGGACGAUGACCCAUCAUUCACCCGCCGUUCCGGUAAGGGUGCCAUUAAAUCCAACAAGCCUGCGGUUACAUCCCGCCGCACAGUUCUCAACGGCGGUGUGUCCAAGUCCAGCAAGGCAAGCAAGAAAGGCAUGACCUGGUCAAGAGGUGGUGUUGCUCUUCUCGGCAAGGGCCGCAAGAAGAGAAAGCAUUAUCCACCAUCCUGGGGCAUGCCUGCAGAGAAGAUGCGGAUGAAGAAGCGUGUGCUGUGUAUUUAUGACGGCCCCCGUCGGCUAUGGAAGGACGACAUGAUGCUGCACAAUGAAUUCGAGGUUCGCAUCCCACUACCCGACGGCAAGAGCUACGUCACCGAUCUGGACGUGGAGACACUCAAGAGAGCCGAAGCUUUCCAUAAUGCUUCUCCAGAGGAAAAGGGUCCCUGGGUGUCGCGGGCCGAAGAGGCUGGGCAGUCGAUUGACUUGAAUGCGUUGAUGGCUUGAAUUUUUCUUCUCUCUUCAUGAUGCUAUUGCUUUUGAGUCUGCCGUCGGCUUAGCGUGGUUUGCCUUUGGGAACAGGGCUGACUGAUUUUGGAUGUUUUGGGCUGGUGGUUACGUAUGGCGAACAGCUCUUCUACCGUUGGGUCUGUAUGGAUUGAUGGAUCAUGUCUUGGAUCAAGCGGAAGGCGAUGUCAUGGAACGAGCUGGGCAAUGUGAGAUUGAAUACCUUCCCAGUUCGGAAUUCUUGAUGGGAGGAAACGAAACUUGUGGAACCAGACCACCCCUUGGAAGAAAACAGACGGGCAGAGCCAGGACGAGAGGGAAAAGUGCCUAGGUUUUGGAUAUGGACUCUCAGAAAGGACUGCAAGCGAUCGAUACCCGACAGUGACUGGUCUCCUUGAUGGAGGAAAAAGCUGUGCUUGUGUAUGUAUGAUAGAACUCCACACACAGGGGGUACAUGAAGCGCUGUGCGCUCGAAUAAUGAACAUCUUAAUGUGGACAAUAGUUGUUGGUCACGGUUGACGGCUCACUCACUGUUUGUACCUGGACGGCGCGGCUUCUCAGACUAGAUUCUAAACUACAUUAUUUAUGGA